CUUUGGUAACUGUUUUGUUGAAACAUGGCCGACAAUGACAGGUGCCAAUUUCGGAAGUAGAUACGGAUAAGGAAUAAACAUAUUUCGGAUAAAAGAUACUAAAAUGGGUGAACUGAGUGUCAUUGAAAAGCGCCACGUUUUUGACCAUGUGUUCAACCAGUACGACACAAUGAGGACAGGGGAGUUUACUCCUGUACAGCUUCAGAUUCUACAUGGAGAUCUUCGAAUUGGUGGAAUCAGCAUGCCACAGGUGCUGGCCUCACUGGCAUACACCUGUGCAACAGACAUGUGCAGUGAGACGGAACUGUACGAUGCUCUGCAGGAGAUGGAUCGUCGUUAUUUCCUUGUCCAGGACUUGCGCUGGGAGUUUUCCAUGUUAGACCGAACACAGACUGACCUCAUCACGGAGGAGCAAGCUAGGUGGCUGGUCCAGACAGUUCAUGGCCGCUACUUCUCCAAGCGGGCAUGGGAGGAGUUCCUGUUGAGGCGAGCUGUGCCUGGCAGUGGAGUGUCAUUCGCUGAAAUUGAGGUCCUUCUGUGUGAUAUUCCUAGUCGGCUCAAGCUUGAGAAGGAAAAUAAAGAUGAUGAUAGAGAGAAGGAAGAGAGGCUUCGUCGGCAGCGUGAGUUGGAGGAGGAGGCGGAGAAACAGAGACAGCGGCUGAAAAAGGAGAAAGAAGAAAACAGAAAGAAGAAGGAGCAGAAUAAGAAGAAGGAUGACGAUGAAAGAAGAAAGCGGGAGCUAGAAGAUGAUGAGAGGAAGAAAAGGGAAGAAGAGGAAAGAAGAAAGAGAGAAGAAGAAGAGGAGGCCAAGCGCCUGAAGGAGUUGGAAGAGGAAGAGGAGAGGCGCCGCAAGGAAGAAGAGGAGAAGUACAAGGAUGUGGAGAAGGUCAAAGAGGAUCAUAUAAAGGAGGAAGAACGCAAGGAGAAGGAGACUGAGGAUGAACUGAAUCGUCUCAAGAAACGAAGAGAGCAGGAGAAUGAUGAGAAGAGGAGAAAGCAGUUGGAGGAUGAAGAGGCCAAGAUGUCCAAACUUUACAUAGAGCACCGGAACAAGAGGGUUCGGUACCAGCUGAAGGUGGCCAUCAAGUCACGCGACAAGUUCAAGCUGGAGUACUCUGUGACAGAAUUCAAGAAGUACAAUUUGGAGGACACAGACAUGGAUCUCCAGAAGGCCCAGAGACUGAUCAAGGAAUUUACUGCUAAAGACAACUUGAAGCGAGCAAUGACAAAACGUGAAAUAGAGGAGCUGGAGCAGGCCAUGAACUUCGUCAAGAAGAACGGCUUUGAGGCUCAGUUGGCGGGUGAGAUGCAGGAGGCCAACCAGAUGCUGAGCCGACUCAAGCGUCUGGAGCGAAUCCGGCACGAGAUCCUGGAACUGAAGCAGUCAACUGUGGCCGAGAUCCGUAGCUACUCCAAGCCUCCGCUGGUCGUCCACACAGUAAUGACUGUCACACUGCUCAUUCUCGGCCAUAAGGAGAAGGAUACGAAGGACUGGAAGGCAGUCCAGGCUCUGGUUGGGAAGACGGGCAAGGAGAGUCUGAAACGUCAGUGUGUGCAGACCCAGGCUGCAAAGAUCCCAAUAGCCAUCGCCAAGAGAGCCAAGACACUCCUGGAUAAGUUUGAACUGGACGAGGUUCGAGAUGUGUCAGCGGGGGCAGCGACCUUCUAUGUCUGGGCCAUCACAAUGGUAGAAGAAGCUCUGGAUGUCCAGAAAUAAGGAUAAAAAACAACUUGAUAAAUGAACCAUCCACUGUACCGGGAAAUUAUCUCUGCAGAAAGAAAAUGUUGCAUUAUGAAAAAGAAUGUCAAUUUUGGUGGAUGAGGAUUUUACAGGUUUACAAUACAUGAACAAUGUUGCAGGGUUAACCAUUAUUAAAGUUGAAUCCAUAAACCAGGAAUGAUAUGUGGCCUUUAUGAAUGUUUGUAUCCCUGUGUUAUGGGUUGUCGGACGCUGAAGGAACAUUCAUUGUUUUCUCGCUUAUCACAUCAACAACUGUAAAACAUCUCACUCACUUAUAAAAGACAACUUGGUCUGAAAAAUAGGCCAUCAUAUGAGUAUUUACAAUGUCUGUGUGACGCCACACCCCUCAUUAUAGCGUAAGUAAUCGCAAUAAACUUGGCCGUCUGAAAACAUGAUGUCCGAAAACCUAUUAUCUGAUGGUCAUAUCAAAUGAAUCCAGAGAGAACACAUGUGUACAACAAUUGUUAUUGUUGAUUGCUUGAAUCUGAAACACCUUUGCUUUAGGUUCUUGUCACUCUUGGUUUUAGUCAAACCCCAAUGAUUUGACAAAAGAAUCAAUUGGACCAAUAGGCCUACAGCUGUGACACCACAGUACUUUGCACACAGAAAAAAACAGAAAGUGUUUCGUAUGAUUCAGCAUAAAUCU